GGGCUCCCGCCGUCUAACUGCCAUGUCACGGCCGGUCGGCUGGUGCUCUCGCCUCGCUGGCGGCGCGGUCUGGUGCCGCGGCGCCCAGCUCUCCUGUGGGCUCGCGGCGGCUCGCCGCCGCGGUGCCGAACAAUGUGAUCAGUCCGGAUUCGUCCCGGCGUGCCGCCAGUGCCGCUUCUUCGCCGAUUUUUGGCUCGACCAGUUUGUCGACAAAGUUGCCUCCGAGCUCCUGCUGCUCGACUGCGCGGCGGAACCGGCCCAUCGCGGCUGAGACGUGAUGCGCCGGCACCGGGGCAACGGCGCGGGACCAUUCUUCCAGGCUCUCUCGAGCAACCUCAAAUUUGGCCGAUUUUGUGGAUCUCAACCCUGCUGCUCUCUGACCACAACCUCGCGGCCCGCUGCGCGGCUCUCCGAGCGCGAGAGGAGUCGUCUACGAGGCGGCGGCGAGCGCAGGCGGCGGCGGCGCGGCGACGCGGCGGCGGAUCGCGGCGCAGACAACGGCAGCAAUCUGGCUGCUGCUUGCUGCUGCAGCAGCUGCUGCUGCGGCUGCUGCUCCGCUGCCGCUGAUUGUGGACACGAUUCCCCCGAUAACCCUGCC